AUGGAAUUACACAAACAACCCUACUACAAGAAUCCGUAUGUUUGGGACUUUCCAAUCAAUGGUGAAUAUCCGACUGAGCCUUAUGAUGAGCUAGGGUAUGUUUCUACUAUAUUCAGGGUGAAUUAUAUUAUAUGUAGUGUUACUGGAGGAGUUGUGACUACUACAUUGUUACUUUGUAUUAGCUAUUGCACUACGGGAGUACUGAAACCUUACAAAAAGAUGUUGUACAUGUGUGCUAUCACUGAUUUUACGUUUUGGCUGGUUGAUACGUUUACUGAGGUUGUAAGUUUGUUAAAUAAUGUAGUGUUUUGUUUUUAAAAGUGUAUAUAAACUACAGUUUUAGCAAAAAAAAAACUGAAGUUCUACGUUUUAAAAAGUGAUGGCGUCAAUUUAUAUUGAUAUCAAUAAUAAAAAAAGACAAAACUUUUUUUUUCUCCAUUUCGAAUUAAAAAAUUUUUUAAAAAAUAAAAAAAAAAUUGUAAAGAUAUUUUUAUUGUUUUAACGAAAAUUAAAAAAUUUAGAAAGGAAAACAGUACGAAAAUAUUAUCCUUGCCAAGAUGGAAGGUCCUGUCAAGUACUUCUCACGAUGGGUGCACGUAACUGGUGUAGCAGCCUAUGUGACAACAGCGUGCUUAUCCAUGACAGUUCUUCCGGCCCAAGCGUUUUUUAGGUAUUACUACAUGACAAGGUCAGUGCAAAGUUUUUCAUUGUUACAAAUGCCAGAUUUGAUUACGGUAUUCUAAAAGCAAUCUGUAAAACUUUCGAAGUUUUUUAAAAAUUUUUCAAAUUUUUUACUUUUUCUAUACUACGCCGCCACUUAAAAAGAAAUUUUAAAUAAGUUCAGCAUGACCCUCCCCCCCCUCUUAGUUACUCUACUUUGUAAAAGUAAAAUGUUUUAAUUUUUAUUUUUUUCUUAUCCUUUCCCCCACCCUCUCUUCGUUCCGAUGUUAAUGCUACACUAUAUAGCACCAGUGUUUCGCCUGGACCGUCCGGCAACUAUUUUUUCAAGUCCGGUUUGGCUAUUUUUCAGGUCCUGUUUGGCUAUUUUUCAGGUCCGGUUUGGCUAUUUUUUAGGUCCGGUCCGGUCUGACAUUUUUUUUCAAAUUGGUCCGUUUGGGCCGGACCUUGGUUCGGACCGGACGGUCCAGGCAAAACACUAUAGAGCACUAUCGAAAAAGAAGAUACCAGAGUGUUAUAUAGAAAAUCUAGUUAAAUUAAGAAAAUAUUCCAGAUCUCGUCCGUUAAGCACCGCCAAAACGGUAGCCUUAUUUAUACUAGCACUAAUUUGUGCUUUAAUGCCUGGCUCUGCUUCAUGGUUCAGUUACGACAGGUCACCGGAAGUUAACCCUGGCUUUAACUACGGCAAAUUGUGGUACCGAGAAGUUCCUUUACCUAUUUUGAUGAUUGGGGAUACGGUAAGCCCUUUUCUUACAGUAGACUUGUUCUUGCUUCACCCUAGUUUUUGCCUGGCUUUUACUGUAAUUUUAUCUUAAGCCUUGCUCUAGUGGCAUUAGGUGCCGACAUAAAGAACCCGCCAUACUUUUCCUGUAAUUCGCCGUAAAAAAUGGCGGGUUCUUUAUGUCGGCACCCAAUAUAUUAUGUUUUUUCAGAACUCUUUCUACCAGAAGGUUUACUUUGGAUCUACGGCUGUGCUUUUUACCAUUGCAUAUUUUUUGCUGAUUAUGUUUAGUUAUUAUACGUCGGAAUCUAUGAAGGUUCAGCAUCAUACCUACACAGCCAAAACCAAACGAGUCCAAAAGCAAAUGAAUGCUUUUUUGUUGUGUCAAGUGAGUAUAAUCUUAUCAUUUAAACUUGGCUAGUAAGCUAUUUAUUUAUUUACUUUACAAGCGUCUACAAUUACAAUUCGGGAGAUAUAGAUUAGAUUAGUAGUUUGAUGCCGUAAAUUGUAACGUACUGUGCUGAUGUGCAAGGAUGUUCAAGGUUCAGAUGAAGAUUAACGGAGCUAUCCUUCGUGUAGGCCAAGUAUGGAUGUGCCUAGUCCCCGUGCACUCAGCACUACGCAUUCCUCAAGGCGCCUGGGUUAGGCGGUGCGCGGGGUCGAACCAAGGUCCUUCCGAAUAG